UUUCCAUUCUGCAGCAACGCCUCUCAGGUAUGCUCCGAGCGCCUUUUGUGAUUCCGGCGCGCGCUGUAAUUUAGCACAGAUGCUGAACCGUACGAAAACGUGACGAUAACUAAAAAGGAAUGCGUAGAUCACGUACAAAAACGCACACAACCCACCUCCGUAAUUUGAAGAAACGCACAAAAGGCUUGGGAGGAAAAGGGAAAUUGACAGGUAAACUGAUCGACGAACUGUCAAUAUAUUUCGGGUUAGCUAUUCGUAGAAAUUGCGAAUCAGUCGAAAAAAUGAAGACAGCUAUAUGGGCCACAUUACUUCACAAAAUAUCUACGGAUAACCAUCCCCAACACGACAAUUGCCCGACUGGAGAAAAUUCAUGGUGCUCGUGGCAAAGGGCGAAAUCUUCUAACACUUUGGCUACCUAUACGCACAAACCACCAAUGUCUGAUGUAGUUUAUGAAGCAAUUAAGCCAGUUUACGAACAACUCACUGCGGAUGAUCUUCUCACUCGCUGCAUCGGCGGUUUCACACAAAAUAAUAAUGAAAGUUUGAAUUCGACAGUGUGGGCGAUUGCUCCAAAAACUUUAAAUUCAGGCAAAAAAGUUAUCGUUAUUGCUGUCAACAUCGCUUCGUGCAUUUUUAAUGACGGGUUACUGUCCGUUUUACGCAUAAUCGAAGUCAUGGAGAUGAAAAACGGCCCGAAAAGUUAUGAGCUGUGUAUGGAAUUAAAUGAAAGGCGAAUACAGAAGGCGGAGCGAUCCAUGACAGAGGGCGCAAAACAGGCCAGAAUCGACCAGAUGUCAAUUCGAAAGGCCAAACAUCAACAGGAAAUUGACGAAGAAGGCCAGUUGUAUGGUGCAGGCAUCGCCGAUUAGAGGUCAAAAAUUACGGACUGUAGAUGUCCGCCCAUGGGCCCUCCUGUAAAAAUAGGCGCCAUAGGACAAGUGCUGCACAGCCGCCAUUUUGUAAUAAAAAUGCGUCAAAAAAUUUUAAAUUGUAGUUCGUUUAUGAUGUUAUACUGCUUAUUUUACAGAUUUUUGAUUCAUCAUUUCAUUGACCCAAAAAAAAUUCCCGAAAAUAGCCUUACUUUUUCGUGCUCUACUGUGGUUUCCCCCCUUAA